UCUUGGACCCCUGCUCUUGGUGUUGGUAUUUUUUUUCUUGUGUACUCCUCCUUCCUUUGCUUUUUUUUUUUUUGUUUGUUUUUGCAGUUUAUAUUUACUAAAAUAAUUGCAUUUGCAUUUUUGUGUGUACUGUGGGAGACCAGAUAUAGUGAAUGCAGGGUCCGGGGAGACCAGAUAUAGGGAAUGCAGGGUGCGGGGAGACCAGAUAUGAUGAAUGCAGGGACCGGGGAGAGCGGAUAUAGUGAAUGCGGGGUCCGGGGAGACCGGAUAUAGUGAAUGCAGGGUCCGGGGAGACCGGAUAUAGUGAAUGCAGGGUCUGGGGAGACCAGAUAUAGUGAAUGCAGGGACCGGGGAGACCAGAUAUAGUGAAUGCAGGGUC